AUGCCUCCUAAAACGCCUAUAAAAAUCCGGUUGGCCAGAUUCGGAAGGAAACACCAGCCUCUAUACAACAUUGUUGUUGCCAACAAGAGAUCUGCCAGAGACUCGUUGCCCAUUGAAGUUCUUGGAACGUAUAAUCCUGUUCCGAUUCCCUUGGGCCCAGAAGAAAAAGCAAAGGGUGUCAAGCCUUACAAGCACAUAGAGUUGGACUUUGACAGAUCCAAGUACUGGUUGGGUGUUGGAGCCGAUGUUUCUGACCGCGUGACCUUUUUGUUCAAAAGAGCAGGUUUGCUUCCAGAGACGUGGCCAAAGGCCAACAAAUUGACGCAGAUGGUGGAAAAACCAGUCAAGGAAGAUAUCAAGGUCGAAAUGGAAGAGCCCAAGGACUUUUUCAGACCCCGGGACUAA